UGAAGAUGAGACCAUCCACUAUCCUCAAGUCAGCAAACUCAGUGGUCUCGAAGCCGAGUAACUCUGACGGGUCCACCGUUAGCUCUUCAACACAACGCGAAAGGGUAUCUGCCACAACGUUCUCGCUUCCUUUCCUGUGUUCGAUGUUGAAGUCAUAUCCCUGGAGUUGCAAUGACCACCGAGCCAGCCGACCCGAAAGGUCUUUCAUGGACAUGAGCCACUUCAAGCUGGCAUGAUCGGUGAUGCACGUGAACGGCAUUCCUUCCACCUACGGCCGGAACUUUUGAAUGGCCAGCAGGGCUGCGAGGCAUUCUUUUUCAGUGACGGUGUAAUGGACUUGGUGACGAUUCAUCUUGGCCGAGAAGAACGCUAUUGGUUGCUCCUGGCCGUCUUCAUCCCGCUGGAACAACACUGCACCGACUCCGAUCUGGGAUGCAUCGCACUGGAUGAAAAAGUGCCGCUUGGACUCUACUGCCAGCUGUGCUUCUGGACUCAAGGAAAACUUCUUAUUUCCCGUCUUCUUCAAAGAUUCCGUGAGCGGGGCAGCCAAAGUUGCAAAGUUCUUUAUGAACCGACGGUACCAACCAGCGGUUCCAAGAAAGGCUCUCACUUCCUUCAUGGUCCUUGGCUCAGGCAUCCGCCUAAUAGCUGCUACACGCCCUGGAUCCAUCCGCAGACGUCCUCCACCCACUAUGAAGCCGAGGCAUUCAGCGACUCGGCGAAGAUACUUCAAGUGCGUUCAUUUGUCAGGCGCUAG